CGAGGAGGAGGGGCCGGCAGGUCGUCGGGCGAUCAUCUCCCGCGCGGAGGGCAUUUUUUUUUAACCUAACUUCGGUUGCCGCGUCCUUCAGGGAUGAGGCGGGGGAAAGGGUUUCCGUCCGCCUUUCCCGGCGACUCCGGCGGUCGGCCGAGGCGGUGUGAUCCAUGGGGGCUGGCGCCAUGGGCGUGCCUCACAUCACUGGUGAACGGUGGCGGGCAAGCCACGAUCAAUUAACAUCCUGAAUGAGAGUGAGGCCAUAUUCCUUUCUAGAGCUCUUCUGCAAGCCAUGGGUAAUGGUAGUAUCUGGCUAUCUGCAGUGUUGGCAUAAUUGCGGGAAACAAAACUUUUUUCAUCCCGAUCUGAACCUUUUUGAAUUGGACUCGUUUGGCAAUGAUUCCAAUGGGCUAUGCUUUACAGGAUCUACAUGUAUGUGCUGCACUUAGUGAAGAGUUUUGUGGCUACUGAUACAUACAUAAACUUGUUAGCUGGAGUGCUGGACUCUUGCAUCUGCUAAUAACCACGGUGUGAUAAACAGACAGGAUUGUACAAAACAUUGACCUGAUACGACGAAAGUAUGACAUAUGGCCCUUGUGCUUGUACUGGCAGAAGCAAAAACACACUAUAAAAAGGCAUAGGAAAUCUGGGCAAAUGAAACAUCAUGGUCCAUCUACGCUAUAUAGUAGAGAACUGAACUACUACUGAUUACCUCUGUCUGACAUGACAUUUGAACUUUUUUCCUGGUACAUAUACUCUUUGUUCUCAUCUAACUGUCUCGUUUCUUGCAGGUGCAUAUAGGUCAUAUCAAAGCUUUGCCUUGCUUGCUGCAAUAUCACCAAAAAAAUUUCUUGCUCCAAUAAUCAGCACUAACCAUGGUUCAAAUUCAAAGUGGACAGUUAUCACGAACAAGACAUGACCUGAUGCUGUUCUAGCCUUGCUGUUAACUUGAAUCACGCAGCUGAUAGAAGAGAGGCUCCGCAGGCAGGCGGCAUCUAGGCAUGGGAGAAAGAAGAUGGCUGGCAGCUGAUAUGUGAGCGACGUGGCCACUAAAUGGAUUCACAUGAGCUGAUGAGCCCUUGCAGGUAUGCACCAAAAGAGAGAGAGAGAGAGAGAGGUGAAAAAGGGGAAGCAUCUCCUUUAGUCUCAGCCGUUAUGAGCUGCUUGUGGACACUUGAGCCAGGUAGUUCCAACUAGCAUUGGGGGUCCAAUGAUGUAAUGAUUGUUUGCACAUAAUCAUCCAUCCAAGUGGAGGAAAAAAAAAGGUGACAUCAAAACUCUAGAUCCUGGAGAAUAGUUAUAUACUUGGUAAGCUGAUACUCUACAGUAUAAAGCUGGACUGUGUGGCUUUAAAGUCUUUUGAGCUCUUGCCAUGCCAUUUGCCAUCCAUGCUCAAGAAAUUCUCUGCAGCCGGUUUGAGAUGGCUGCCAUCAAGGAAGAAUCCGACUACGACAGUAGCCGGUCGUCGCUGACGGCGCCGGACUCCCGCCGGAGCUGGAUCAGUGACAUUGGCAGCUCCAGCUCGGUGUCGGUGCGCUCCUUGGGCGGCGCCGGCGGCGACACACCGGCUUCGUCGUGCCGGUACAAGCCGCACAAGGCGAACCAGGCCGAGUGGGAGGCCAUCCGGCGCCUCCGUGCUGGCGCCGGCGGCCGCGGCGUCGGGCUGGAGCACUUCCGGCUCGUCCGCCGCCUGGGCAGCGGCGACCUCGGCAACGUCUACCUGUGCCGGCUGCGCGAGCCGUGGUCGACGGGCUGCCUCUACGCCAUGAAGGUGGUGGACAAGGACGCGCUGGCGUUCAGGAAGAAGCUCCGGCGCGCGGAGGUGGAGCGCGACAUCCUCCGCACGCUCGACCACCCCUUCUUGCCGACAUUGUACGCCGACUUCGAGGCGUCGCACUACGCCUGCCUCGUCAUGGAGUUCUGCCCCGGCGGCGACCUGCACGUCGCCCGGCAGCGGCAGCCCGGCCGGCGAUUCUCCAUCUCCUCCACCAGAUUCUACGUGGCGGAGACGGUGCUGGCGUUGGAGUACCUGCACAUGAUGGGGGUGGUGUACAGGGACCUCAAGCCGGAGAACGUCCUGGUGCGCGGCGACGGCCACAUCAUGCUCUCCGAUUUCGACCUCUCCCUCAAGUGCGACGUCGUGCCGAGGCUGCUCCGCCCGGCCAAGGGCGCCGGCGGCGGCAAGGCGGCGCCGCCGCCACCGUCGUCGUGCGUGCCGCCGACGAUCCAGCCGGUGCUGUCGUGCAUCUUCCGCGGCGUGCACAAGUGCCACCAUGCCAAGGAGUGCGCCGGUGGCGCCGCGGCGGCGGCGGCCAACGACGGCGGUGACUCGGAGGAGGAGGAGAGCGAGGCAGCGGAGCCCGAGGUGGUGGUGGUGGAGCCGGUGGCGGCGCGGUCCAAGUCGUUCGUCGGCACGCACGAGUACCUGGCGCCGGAGGUGAUCUCCGGCCAGGGCCACGGCAGCGCGGUGGACUGGUGGACGCUGGGCGUGUUCAUGUACGAAAUGCUGUACGGCCGGACGCCGUUCAAGGGCGAGAGCAACGAGAAGACCCUCAUCAACAUCAUCAAGCAGCCGGUGACCUUCCCACGUCUCGCCGCCGGCGCCGCCGCCGGCGCCACGGCGGCGAGCGGCAGAGAGUGGGAAGAGCUGAGGGCGGCGCAGGACCUGAUGACCCAGCUCCUGGCAAAGAACCCCAAGAAGCGGCUGGGGAGCACCAUGGGCUCCGCCGAGGUGAAGAGGCAUCCCUUCUUCAAGGGCGUCAACUGGGCGCUCGUCAGGUCCAUCCGGCCACCGGAGGUGCCGCCGAAGCCGAAGCCGGCACCGGCGCCGGUGCCGAAGAAGGUGGUGAUGAUGAGCAAGAAGGAGCGGCAGGAGCCGUACAGCUACCGACCCGACGAUCACUUCGAGUACUUCUGAACAACUGGGUUGCCAUGCGUGAUGCGUCUUGGGCUCUUGCUUAAUCAUUUAAUUAGAUGGCAGAUUAGUGUACAUACAGAGUACUAAUGAAGUAUUGGUAGCUGAAGAAAUAAACCGUUUUUUUCUCGGGCAUGAUUCUAGCAUUUCCUGCUUAAUUCCGGUCGUUUUUUUUAAAAAA